GCAUGGGCCUAUUCUGUGCUGGAUGUCAGCAAUUACAGAAGCUGCUCAGUGUCCUUAACAGAAAACAAGACUUUGUUCAAUGCACUCUCAGAGCCUGUGAAAUCUUGCUUGAACUAGAAAGUCAGCCAGUCUCUGGCAGGUGGUGAAAAGAGUGAACAAGUUACUUCAAGGGCUCAGACCAUCAUGAAAGCUCGUUUGAAAGGAGCUCAGACUGGUCGUAAUCUCUUGAAGAAAAAAUCUGAUGCUUUGACACUUCGAUUUAGGCAGAUCCUUAAGAAAAUUAUUGAGACUAAGAUGCUGAUGGGUGAGGUGAUGAGAGAAGCUGCCUUUUCACUUGCUGAGGCAAAGUUUACAGCAGGAGAUUUCAGUACCACUGUGAUCCAAAAUGUGAACAAAGCUCAAGCCAAGAUCAGAGCUAAAAAAGACAAUGUAGCAGGUGUAACCCUGCCAGUUUUUGAACACUACCAGGAAGGAGGAGAUAGCUAUGAAUUGACUGGCUUGGCCAGAGGUGGAGAACAGCUGGCUAAGCUGAAGAGGAAUUAUGCCAAAGCUGUGGAGCUGCUUGUGGAACUGGCCUCCUUACAGACAUCCUUCCUUACUUUGGAUGAUGCCAUUAAAAUAACAAACAGACGCGUGAAUGCAAUUGAACACGUGAUUAUUCCCAGGAUCGAGCGUACUCUUUCUUAUAUCAUCACAGAGCUGGAUGAACGAGAACGAGAGGAAUUCUACAGGUUGAAGAAGAUCCAGGAAAAGAAAAAAGUAUUGAAAGAAAAAUCUGAGAGAGAACGGGCGCUGCGAAGGGCUGAUGGUGGGGAGCAUGAACCAGCCAAUCUGUUAGUAGAAGAGAAGGAUGAGGACCUUCUGUUUGAGUAACCCAGCACAGUUGUUGGAUAUGGAACAGGGGACCCAGAGUAAAGAAUGUCCAAUUGAAAUAUAAUUCAGGACAUGUUGCCUCAAUGAUACUUAUGUGGCUUCUCAGUUGGUGUAUAAGUCUUGAGUUGACUGGAUUGUGGAUUUCUCCUGGGAGAUUAGAAAUCUGGGAACUUAACUGCAGCAUAAGAGGAAAAGGAGAGAUGAGGUGCUUUACUAUCAGGAAAGCUGCCUAUUAUGUGCUCAACCUGUUCCUUCACUUAGUAGGAACGACUGUACAUAGCUGUGUUUUUUGCAGGAUGGCUCUGGAUUUGUCUAAUCAAGAUUCCUCUUUAAUUAUUACUCCCCUUCCUAGUGCAUGCUAGGAAGACAUUUAAGGAGGGAGAUGCAUGUAAUGUUCUUUACUGCAGAACUAUUAAUGUUCAUGUUGAUUAAAGCAGGUAUUGGCACGCUUAAGUCAAACAUCAGUAAAGACAAUGCUAGUUUUCUACCCUGUUGACAAAAUCCACAGUCCUCUCUGACUUUUGUUGCACGAUUGUUACCAUUGACCUAAAAUCUAAAAAUCUUGGUCUUAAUUAGAGGCUCUGCCAACUUGUGUAUUGUCUGUACUAGAAACAAGUAAAAAUUUUAAAUGUUAAAUAGCUGGUGUCUGGCUCAAACUGCUGGAAGAUGGUGGUCUUAAAAGCUUGUCAUGUUGACUUCAAAAUAAAACCUUCACUUCAUCCCCUA